AAAUCAUAAUCUCUAAUUCCAAAGCUAGCUAUACUCUUAUAGUCUUAUUUGCCGAAUUAACCAUAGCCAAAAACUUGUUAGUUUUCGUCUUCCGACUUUGAAGCUUUACCCUUUUCGUCAAACAAUAUCUCAUCUUAUCUUUCAGCAACACUGCGCCCUUUACUCUUCCUCUCCUCUCAGUUGAUUUCUUGUGUUAUUAUCCAAUGGAUCACCUGUAAGAUAACUGGUAGAGCUGCUAAAAGGGUUUUGCUUCUCCAGUAUUGUGCCUGAGAAGAUGAUUUUAUUUAUACCAUGAUGGAGUUCCUCUGCUCUCUGAGUCUGUGAGUUUUCUCCUGUAUUUUUUUAAGCAGAUGAGAGUGAGUGCCAUUGUUUCUGAAGUGGGAGAAGGUUGUGGAAAUACUCAUUUAUUUUGAAGUAGUGUUGAAGCAGAGCUUUGGUGUUGAGAUGUGAAAGAAAUUGUUGCUGAUCCCUGAACAAAGAAAGAAAAGUUUUCUAGCAUGGGCAUUGUGAUAGUGUUUGACACAUUUUUUUUUGGUUUUGCACUCUUAAGAGUGUCUCUUGGUUAUAAACCUGAAUACUAUGCUUCUGUUCACUCAACUCACUGAAGGCUCAAACUCUGACCCCAUAUCUCAAAUUUACCCUUAUUUCUCUCUUUUUGAAGGCGUUCUGCAAGAUUUUGCAGUUUUUCAUUCAACAAGUUUAGCUGUCACCAAAGACCAUGAACCAUCAUAGUUUCAUUUCUGCCAGUCAAACUGAAUCUAACAAGGGAGUCAAACAGUCCUCUUGUGCCUUGACCCCGGUUCAAAAGUUUUUGAGUGUUGAAUCAGGAGGGCAAAGUCUAUCUACUGGUGAUUGUUCCUCUCCACAUCCAUCACCUUUUAUACAAAAACAAUCUCUUAGUUCUCCUAAUCAUAUUCAAUCACCUACGUCCCAAUCCUCCAAGUAUUGCUUCUCACCUGGACUGAAAAGCCCCGGGACUCCUGGUUCUCAUCUUCAACAUUUAAAGAGCUCAUUUUCACGGGCUUCUGCUUUUUGUACCAGUUUAUACCUAUCAUCUUCAUCAAGUUCUGAAACCCAUCGACAACUUGGGAAUUUACCAUUUCUUCCACCUCCUCCCUCAUACAAUCAAUCUGUUUCUGCAGUUGACUCAACAAAAUCUCCAUUGCUAUUUAGUGAGGAUAUAGCGAACCCAUAUGCAUAUGAGGAAGAGCACUCAGAAUCUCUUAUGAAAGAUUUCUUUAAUUUGUCUGGUGAUAUUUCAGAUGGUAGCUUUCAUGGAGUAACUUAUGCAGAUGACAGUUUAGCUCUGAAUGAUCAUUUGGAGCUUCAGUUUUUGUCUGAUGAACUUGACAUAGCUAUAACUGACCAAGGAGAAAAUCCCAGACUUGAUGAAAUAUAUGAAACACCUCAGUCUUCAUCAAAACCUUCCUCUGGACUUGCAUGUAAUCAGAGCUGUGUCCCUUCAGCACCACCUGUUGUUGUGCUUUCAAGUCACUCCUCUCCUGGUCCAGCUGCUGCACAUAAGUCAAGAAUGAGAUGGACCCCUGAGCUCCAUGAGUGUUUUGUGGCAGCUGUUGACAAACUUGAUGGAGCUGAAAAGGCUACUCCCAAAGGUGUGUUGAAGCUCAUGAAUGUAGAAGGUUUGACCAUCUAUCAUGUGAAAAGCCACUUACAGAAAUACCGACUUGCUAAGUAUAUGCCCGAGAAAAAGGAAGAAAAGAAGACUUGUAGCUCUGAAGAAAAUAGAGCAACUUUAAGCAGCAAUGAUUGUGAUGGACGGAAGAAAGGAAGCAUACAAAUCACUGAGGCCUUGCGCAUGCAAAUGGAAGUUCAGAAACAGCUGCAUGAACAGCUUGAGGUACAAAGGGCUCUUCAAUUGCGCAUAGAGGAACAUGCAAGGUACUUACAGAAGAUCUUGGAGGAACAGCAGAAAGCCGGCAGUGUGCUGGUUCCUCCUCAAAGUUUGUCAUCAAUUACCAAUCCAAUCAAAGAUUCUGAGGUGCAGCCUUCUUCUCCAUCAGUUAGUGGCUUGCCUGACCAGCCAGAUGAGUCUAAAACAGACUUGUCAUCAGCUCUACCAUCAAAGCAUAAAGCUACGGACAGUAGUGAAUCAAAGCCAGAUGCCAAAAGGAUUUGUCUCGAAGACGAGCCAGAAUCAGCUUUAGAUGAUGAAAAGGUUGAAAAUCCUGUGCUGUGAUAGCUUCAGGCCCUUAAUUAGUUUUAAUAGUUUAUCUGUAUCAUCUUCAGAAAAAACUUAAUACUUGUAUUGUACAUAUAUUGAAUUUGGUGUAAAUUUGUGAUUGAAUUGAGAUUUUGUUGAUUUUGUCCAA